GCGGGCUGCUCACUGAGCUCGUCACUUGUUUUUGCCGUUUCCUCCUCUCUCACCUCCUCUCUCGACCUCAAGUGUGCGCCGGAAACCGUGUCCCGUUGGGUAUUUUGCGGACCACUCGCUUGCCCAACGAUACCCGUCCACACCUUCCACACCCCCUACGGACUGUCUGAGUCGUCUUGUACACCCACAAUACACGACAUGGGCACGAAGGUAGACCUCGUUCAGCCACUGCUGCAUUUCGCCAUCGACGUCUACAAACAAGUGCAGAGAUCCGACACUUUCUUUUCGCCCUUCAGUAUCGCAGCUGCACUGUCCAUGACCCUACCGGGAACACGAGGCAACACAGCCAAGGAGAUCGCCACUGCCCUGCACAUAAGAGAAGACAUUCACGAGUCUUUCUCGCAACUUCAGAAAUCCUUGCAGGAUUGUGCGUGCGAACUUAACAUCGCAAACCGCAUUUACAGUGAUCGAAGGUUGAACCCGUUGCAUGCAUUUUGCGCUUUGUUGGAGGAGUAUUACUCUACUACUAUAGGAACUGUGGACUUUGGUGAGGACGACGCACGUCAGAAGAUCAAUGCUUGGGUCGAACAGGUCACUAACGAUAAGAUCAAAGACCUCUUGGCACCAGGCACUGUGGAUCCCUCUACCAUGCUUGUCAUAGUGAACGCCGUAUACUUUAAAGGUGCCUGGAAGAAGACCUUCUCAAGAUUUGAGACCGAAAUGAGGGAUUUUUACGAAACGUCUUCCACUGCAAAGAAGGUGGACACGAUGUUCCAGAAGGGAAACUUUAGGAUGGGAUAUAACGAGGAACUGAAGGUGACCACUUUAGAACUACCUUACAGAGGGGACAUGGCUUCUAUGAUCAUUCUGCUGCCGGAUGAGAUCGAGGGCUUGAAAUUCGCCCAAGACCGUCUGACAGUCGAAAAUCUGGCGUCCGCGUUACACGAUAUGACAAUGGAACGAGACGUGGAAUUCUUUUUGCCCAAAUUUAAAAUAGAGCAGACAAUUGGGCUGAAGAAGGUACUCAUGGAUUUGGGUGUCAAAGACAUGUUCAGAGAUUCGGCAGAUCUCACGGGGAUUACUGAGCGGAAGGAUGUAAAGUUCUCUGACGUCGUGCACAAGGCGUACGUUGAUGUCCACGAAGAAGGCACUGAGGCGGCUGCGGCAGCAGCUGUAUUGAUGGGGUUGGGUUGCUGCAUGAGAGUUCGGGAUCUUAAACCGAAAGUUUUUAAAGUGGACCAUCCUUUUAUGUUUUUCAUUCUGGCUCGAGAUGUGGUCCUCUUCUUUGGUUCCUUGACCCACCCGGUAUAUAUAGAUGACAGUCAUAUGACGGCAAAUCCUCGAUGAUUCCGCCGGCCGGUGACAUAAGCGUCCGAUGUCUGUUUAGCUUAAAGAUGUCGACCAUUUGAAGCGUGAGAAACUAUUUCUAGACGCCAAAAUGAGUGCCUCGACAGCGCGUCAUUUCUGAGUCUAUGUGUCUUGUGAUGCCCUUUGACUUGAGGAUGUACCGAAAUGGCACGAGCAACGAAUAUUUUGUCGCAAUAUUAACCGCGCUCAUGGCGAUAUUGCUGUAGGGAAAGUUGCAGAAUGCAAAUAAACAUGCUGAUUCAAUCA